AUGGAGGCGGCCGUCGAUGCGCCCGACGGCGGGGACCAGCGCGGCGCGGGGCCCCGCGAGGACGUGACGCCCAUGGACGCCUAUCUGCGGAAACUGGGCUUGUAUCGGAAACUGAUCGCCAAGGAUGGGUCCUGCCUGUUCCGGGCUGUGGCGGAGCAGGUAUUGCAUUCUCAGUCUCGCCAUGUUGAAGUCAGAAUGGCCUGUAUUCACUAUCUUCGAGAGAACAGAGAGAAAUUUGAAGCGUUUAUAGAAGGAUCAUUUGAAGAGUAUUUAAAACGUUUGGAAAACCCACAGGAAUGGGUUGGACAGGUGGAAAUAAGUGCCCUUUCUCUUAUGUACAGGAAAGAUUUUGUAAUUUAUCGGGAACCAAAUGUUUCUCCUUCACAAGUAACUGAAAAUAAUUUUCCUGAAAAGGUUUUACUGUGUUUUUCGAAUGGAAAUCACUAUGAUAUUGUCUAUCCCAUAAAAUAUAAAGAGAGCUCUGCUAUGUGUCAGUCUCUCCUUUAUGAAUUACUGUAUGAGAAGGUAUUUAAAACUGAUGUUAGUAAAAUUUUGAUGGGACUCAACACUGCUGACGUAGCUGGUGAAAGCCACAGUGAAAUAUCAGAUUCAGAGGAUGAUAGUUGCAGGAGAAAAACUACCACUGCUAAUGAUGUAAAUGGAUUUAAAGCUCUGUCAAGUGAUCAGCACCUGAAAAACAAUGGGAACUCCCAAAGCCUUCCUUUGUCUAGAAAGGUUCUUAAGUCACUCAAUCCAGCAGUUUAUAGAAAUGUGGAAUAUGAAAUUUGGCUCAAAUCUAAACAAGCUCAACAGAAACGUGAUUAUUCCAUUGCUGCUGGCUUACAGUAUGAAGUUGGGGAUAAAUGCCAAGUUAGGUUGGAUCACAAUGGAAAAUUUUCUAAUGCAGACCUUCAAGGGGUUCAUUCUGAGAACGGACCAGUUUUGGUUGAAGAAGUUGGAAGGAAGCACUCACCGAAGACCCUCAAACCACCUCCCCCGGAAAGCUGGAACACAGUGUCAGGGAAGAAGAUGAAAAAACCUUCCCCUUCUGGACAAAAUUCCCAUUCUGAUACAGAUUACAGAGGGCCAAAGAAUUCAAGCAAGCCAGUAAAAGCUCCAUCAGCACUACCUCCUCGACUUCAGCACCCUUCAGGAGUAAGACAGCAUGCAGUCUCUAGUCAUUCUGCCGGGUCACCGUCUCAGAAACCCUCCAGUGAGCACAAGAAUCUUAGCAGGACACCCUCACAGAUCAUAAGAAAACCUGAUCGUGAGAGAGUUGAGGAUUUUGAGCACGCCAGUCGAGAAUCUAAUUAUUUUGGCCUCUCCCCAGAAGAGCGCAGAGAGAAGCAAGCUAUAGAAGAAUCUCGAUUACUUUAUGAGAUUCAAAACCGAGAUGAACACGCUUUCCCAGCCCUUUCCAGUUCAUCAGUCAGUCAGUCAUCUUCUCAGAGUAGCAAUCCAUGCAUCCAGAGAAAAUCAUCAUAUGUGAGUGAUAGAAAAGGAAGCAGGCGGAGAAUGGAUACCGAAGAACGAAAAGAUAAAGACUCUAGCCAUGGACACACUCACCUGGAUAAAAAACCUGGGCCAGGCAUAUCAGAGAAUAUUAAUGAUGAUAAGUGUGCAAGAAUUUUAUCACCAUCAAAGUCAAAGAAAUUAGAAUGCCCACCUCCUGCAGAACAAAAGCCAGCAGAACAUGUGUCUUUGUCAAAUCCAGCUCCCCUUCUGGUUUCUCCAGAGGUACAUCUAGCUCCUGCGGUGCCUUCUUUACCAGCCACUGUGCCAGCCUGGCCAAGUGAGCCUACAUCUUUUGGACCAACAGGUGUCCCUGCUCAAAUCCCGGUUUUAUCAGUGACACAGACCCUGACCACUGGACCUGAUUCUGCUGUGUCCCAAGCUCAUUUAACACCCUCUCCAGUUCCUGUGUCAAUACAGGCAGUUAACCAGCCCUUGAUGCCUUUGCCUCAGACUCUGAGCCUUUACCAAGACCCACUCUACCCUGGGUUUCCUUGUAAUGAAAAGGGAGAUAGAGCCAUUGCACCACCUUAUUCACUGUGUCACACUGGGGAGGACCUGCCUAAAGAUAAGAACAUUCUUCGAUUCUUCUUUAAUCUUGGUGUAAAGGCAUAUAGUUGUCCUAUGUGGGCUCCACAUUCUUACCUGUAUCCUCUGCACCAGGCUUACCUGGCAGCCUGCAGGAUGUACCCAAAGGUCCCUGUCCCUGUGUAUCCUCAAAACCCUUGGUUCCAAGAAGCUCCUGCUCAGAAUGAAAGUGAUUGUACCUGUGCUGAUGCACACUUUCCUAUGCAGACUGAGCCCAGUGUUAAUGGUCAAAUGCCACAUGCAGAGAUUGGACCACCAACAUUUUCUUCACCUCUGGUUAUUCCUCCAUCUCAGGUGUCUGAAAGUCAUGGACAGUUGUCUUACCAGGCUGAUCUUGAAUCUGAAAACUCUGGACAUCUUCUUCAUGCUGAAUAUGAAGAGUCACUAAGUGGCAAGAAUAUGUUCCCACAACCGUCCUUUGGGCCUAAUCCAUUCUUAGGCCCAGUUCCCAUUGCACCUCCUUUCUUUCCUCCUGUUUGGUAUGGGUACCCCUUUCAGGGAUUCAUAGAAAGUCCAGUAAUGAGGCAGAAUAUUGUUCUGCCUUCUGAUGAGAAAGAAUUGGAUCUACCCUUGGAAAAUCUGGAUCUGUCUAAACAAGGUGGUUCAGCUUCAGCAGGACAUGAUGGAAACAGUGCUGAAAGAGAACUUUGCAGAUGGUACUUUACUCAGUGA